UAGGAAUGACCAGUGAUUCUGAUAGUGAUAGUGAUAGUGAAGAUGAAAAUUUUCGUGGGAAGACUUUGCAUGACCUCUGUAAACUUGCAUCUCUGCGCUCAUGUAUUAGGUCUAGUGAUCUCGUUUCCAUUUCAUAUAGAUGUGACUUUAAUUCAUUUAAGAAUAAAAAAUUGGCGUUGGAAUUACUUGAGGUCCCUGUUACAAAGAGAUUUUGUGCUGAAGUUCAAAUGUCUCAAAAAUCAGUUUCAAAAACCAGGUAUAAUAUAUCAAAUGCCUCAUCAUCUACGAAUAGACUAAAUACCGUUUCCAAAGACAGUGUAAUAUCACGGAAGAAACAUCCCAAUAUUUAAGCCCUACCUUCAUUAGUGAUCUUUCACUUAUUUCAAUAAUCUCUGAGAUGGUUUAAAUAUUCUCUUCGAUGCUAGGAUCAGUGAUUCCAACUUUUUUCAGCAUUCGAAAUGGUCCCCAAUAUUCUACAUUCAUUUUUUGUGCCUGGAUUAAUUGCCGUUCUGAUCAGUGCUUCCGACACAGAAACGCCCCGCCGAAGAGCAAGGCGGAGGGGUCCAACAGUACAGGGCCUAAACACAGCCGUCAUCGAAACCUACCUGAACGCCUUAGAGGAUUUCAACGUCCAAUCCGAAGACAGCUUCCAGAGCAGUUGCCAAACGCUGACGUCAUCCAUCAAAGCCUUGGCCCACUGCGUGCAACCAACCCGAGGCGACCAAUUGACAGCUCCCCUUUUCACUUUCAUCAACAUGCGACGCAGUGUAUUCCCCGACAUUCAGUAUCGGGUGAAACACCGAGACAGACCGGGGUCGUGGCGCGGUCGAAUUGACGUCAUGGCCCAGCGAAAGGACGGGCUUCUCUUUGCCUUCAGGCUCUGGGACUUAGAGGAGGCUGUCAAGGUGUUGAAAAAGUUCGAAGUGAAGAAGGCGCAAGAUGGCUGGACCUAUUUCAAGAGUUUCAAGUGGCCUGUGACACAUCGGGUCGUGGCGACCUUUGAUUUCUACCGGCGAAAAGGCAGGGUCAUCAGGGUCAACGCUAGCUAUCUCCUGGAUACAUAUGAUACCUCAAAGGCCGUCAAUCUUGUUAUGGAGUGAAUAGAAUCAGCGGCGAGGCGCGAAGAUCGAUUUUCGAUAUUUCCCAUUUGAAGCUAUGGUAAAGAAUCGAUUAUGAAGGUGUUCGUUGCGAACACCUCGUUUAUCGAUACUUUUCCAUGGGUUUAAAUGGUAUAUCAAUCGAUAAAUCGCAAAGCACGCCACGGGCCACGCCACUGACGGCAUCAGUGCGCUAUCAGAUCACAUAUCUAGAUAAAUAGACUGAUUUCGUGGUGUCAUUCCUGCGCUGUUUGAUCGACUGAUGUCCGACGGUUCAAACUACGUGGUAAACGAUAAAGAAACCUCAAUAAAAUUCCUAAUUCUAUGCUGAGUA